UAAAAUAAAAAAUAUCCUAACGUCAAAAUGUCACGUGAUCAAUGUCCAGGUAUGGUGGCCAAAACACUGUCAAAAUGUUAGAGUGUUACAUCAAAAAGUAUACUUUUUGACAAUUAACAGUGAAAAAUUCAACUAUAAAAACAGUUAUUAGAUGAUGGGAGAAGCCGCCUCAGCGUCAAGCACUCCCCAGUUCUCCCAGCUGAAUGUGAAUGUGCAAUCGGCAAAGUUGUCCAGCAGUGGAGGGUUGUAUUCUGGAAAUCCUGAUACGUUUCUUGAACUUACCGUAGACCAAUCACCAGCUAGAAAAACUGAGGUGUGCAAAAAGACGACAAACCCAAAAUGGGAUGAGCAUUUUAAUGUACUUGUGACGCCAUAUACAAAGUUAGAUUUUAAAGUGUACUGUCGGAAAUCGCUACGAGCGGAUGUGGUUAUUGGACAGUGCGUGGUGGACCUUCACAGUGUCUUGACAGAAAACAAUGGAAAAUUGUCGAACACUGUCAAGAAGGUGGAUAUAUCAGUUGAAGGGAAAGGAAAAACUGGUGUUUUGACCGUUUGUCUUGAUGGAUUAAAUGUGACCAUGUCUAGAUUUCCCAAGAAGCCGGCGUCUCGAGCCUCUACAUCCAAUGGUCAAGCUCCAGGAGCAAGUGCCCAGAGUGGACGUAACAAAAAUACACGUGCCGGUGCUGCUGGUAGAGUCCCUCCUGGCCGUCCUGCUCCCCCAGUUCCUGCAGCAGCAGCAGGGAAUGCUAGUGGUAGUUCCGCUCCGCCGCCACCCCCUCCAGCUGCUGGUGAUGGAACACCUCCUCUCGGGCCACCACCUCCAGCUAGCAGUGAAAGCUCAACCACCAAUUCAGAUACCGCCAACAACAAUGAACCUCUUCCUGCUGGUUGGGAAAUGAGGACAGACCCACAUGGUCGUGCAUAUUAUGUUGAUCAUAAUACCCGUACAACUACCUGGGAACGACCCCAGCCUCUACCUUCAGGCUGGGAAAGACGUGUUGAUAAUCGUGGUCGAGUGUAUUAUGUGGAUCACAACACGCGUACGACAACGUGGCAGAGACCGAGCAUAGAUUUCGUAGCCAAUGUACAAAACUGGCAACAAAAUUGGAACAACACGCGUACACAGGCGUAUGAACAACUGCAGAACAGAACUCUGUUUAACAGCACGAUGAUGCCGUCAGCAAGCACACCUCAGGAUGACUCGUUAGAAAGCCUUCCAGAAGGAUGGGAAAAGAGAGCAGAUGCCAAUGGGCGUGUUUAUUUUGUCAAUCAUAAAAACAGAACAACUCAAUGGGAAGAUCCGAGAACGCAAGGAACGAUACAAGAAGACCCAUUACCUGAAGGUUGGGAGAUGAGAUAUACAGCAGAGGGUAUAAGAUAUUUUGUUGAUCAUAACACAAAAACUACCACAUUCCAGGAUCCCAGGGGAGGUCCUUCUAAAGGGCCAAAGGGAGCGUAUGGUGUGCCUAUCCAGUAUGAACGUAGUUUCCGAUGGAAACUAGGUCAGUUCCGUUACCUUUGUCAAUCCAACGCCUUACCAGGUCAUGUGAAGGUCACUGUAUCCCGAGAUAACCUCUUUGAAGAUUCCUUUGCUCAGAUUAUGCGAUUACAACCAUUUGAUUUACGACGGAGAUUGUAUAUCAUUUUCAAAGGUGAAGAAGGUCUUGAUUAUGGUGGAGUAGCAAGAGAAUGGUUUUUCCACCUGUCCCACGAUGUGUUAAACCCGAUGUAUUGUCUGUUUGAAUAUGCAAGCAACAGUAACUACAGUUUACAGAUAAAUGCUGCCUCAAGCGUCAAUCCAGACCAUCUCGUAUACUUCAGAUUUAUUGGCAGAUUUAUUGCUAUGGCUUUGUACCAUGGUAAAUUUAUUGACAGCGGUUUCACAUUGCCGUUCUAUAAACGGAUGCUGAACAAGAAGUUGAUCUUGAAGGAUCUGGAAUCUAUUGAUACAGAAUUUUAUAACUCAUUAAACUGGAUCAAAGAUAAUGAUAUAGAAGAAUGCGGGCUAGAGUUGACUUUCUCGGCAGAUUUUGAGGUCCUUGGUAAGAUUUCACAGCACGAGUUGAAGGAAGGUGGUGCAGACAUUAAUGUCACAAAUGAAAACAAAGAGGAGUAUAUCAAUUUGAUGACAAAUUGGAGGUUUACACGAGGUGUAGAAGAACAGACAAAAGCUUUCCUUGAUGGUUUUAGUGAAGUUGUACCACUGCAGUGGCUGCAGUACUUUGAUGAAAGAGAAAUUGAGUUAAUGUUGUGUGGUAUGCAAGAGGUGGAUGUGGAUGACUGGGAGAGAAACACCAUCUAUAGGCAUUACCAAAGGAAUAGCAAACAAGUUGUUUGGUUCUGGAAGAUGGUACGUGAGUUGGAGAAUGAGAAGAGGACGAGAUUGUUACAGUUUGUGACAGGAACAUGUCGUCUACCAGUGGGAGGUUUUGCUGAACUCAUGGGGAGCAACGGCCCACAAAGAUUCUGUAUAGAGAAAGUUGGCAAGGAGACGUGGCUACCACGCAGUCAUACAUGUUUUAACAGAAUAGACUUACCGCCGUACCGAAGUUACGAACAGCUCUGUGAGAAACUGACUCUUGCUAUUGAAGAAACCGAAGGUUUCGGACAGGAAUAGCGAACUUCUUCAUGUGAUAGUCAACAUUAUGUUGUGUUUUUAUACAUUCUAAGAUAAACUCCGCUUCUAAGGAAAAUGAACAUGUAUACGUGUCACAAGGUGUAAAUGUUAAACAAGCUUUAAAACAACCAGUAUGAUGGGUGCCAGGCUCUAUAACCAAAGUCGAAAUGUAUUCAAAAUACUGACCGGUCCGUACCGGAAAUUGAGGGGCCGGAACUCGUUGAUUAAGCUACACAGUGCAACAUUUCAGGAUCAAAUACCUCCGUCAAAAUUAACUAGGUUGGUUGUACAGAAAUUGUUCGCUCCCUGUUAUACAGAAGUUAUUGCCCCUGUUAUACAGAAGUUGUCUCCCAUGUUGUAUAGACGUUGUUGAACUCGAAGUGUUAUAUCAAUAGUUAAUAUAGAAGGUCUUUAUCUACUAUCUCUAGGAAUGACAGAUGUAAUGUUAGUUACAAGACCUGAAAUAACAGAACUGUUUCAUAAGCAGUGAUUUUCUCACUUAUUUUGGGAGAGGCCCCAGCCUCUUGAUUUUUAGCUCACCUGAGCAAUGCUCAGGGUGAGCUAUUGUGAUCACCCUGUGUCCGUCGUCCGUCGUCGUGCGUCGUGCGUCGUCAACUUUUCACAUAAACAACAUCUCCUCUGAAACCAAUGACUGCACAUCAACCAAACUUUGCAGAAAUGAUCCUUGGGUGGUCCCCUUUCAAAGUUGUUCAAAUGGUUCCGGUCUGUUGCAUAUGUAGGUCACAGGGCCAAAAAAGGAUUUCAAAAAACACAAAAUUAAAAAAUCUUCUUGUCUGAAAGUACAUGGGCCAGAGCUUUGAUUUUUGGUAUAUGGUAUCAUCUAUGGGUCCUCUACCAAAGUUGUUCAAAUUUUGUCCCUAGUGUCAAAAUUGGCCCCGCCCCGGGGGGUCAUAGGUUUUUCCUUAUAUGUCUAUAGGUAAAUCUAAAAAAAUCUUCUUCUCUGAUUUGGCAAAGGCUACAGAUUAGAUAUUUGGCAUGAAACAUUGUGUAGUAGACCUCUAUCAAGAUUGUUCAAAUAAUGGCCCUAGGGUCAAAAUUGGCCCCGCCCUGGGGGUCAUUGAUUUUCAUUACAUACAUAUAGUGAAAACUUGAAAAAUCUUCUGGUCUGAAAGUAAAUGGCCUAGAGCUUUGAUAUUUGGUAUAUGGUAUCAUCUAUGGGUCAUCUACCAAAGUUGUUCAAAUUUUGUCCCUAGUGUCAAAAUUGGCCCCGCCCUGGGGGUCAUAGGUUUUUCCUUAUAUGUAUUUAGUAAAAUCUAAAAAAAUCUUCUUCUCUGAUUUGGCAAAGGCUACAGAUUAGAUAUUUGGCAUGAAACAUUGUGUAGUAGACCUCUAUCAAGAUUGUUCAAAUAAUGGCCCUAGGGUCAAAAUUGGUCCCACCCCGGGGGUUCAUUGAUUUUCAUUACAUACAUAUAGUGCAAACUUGAAAAAUCUUCUGGUCUGAAAGUAAAUGGCCUAGAGCUUUGAUAUUUGGUCUAUGGUAUCAUCUGAAGGUCCAAUACCAAAGUUGUACAAAUUUUGUCCCUAGUGUCAAAAUUGGCCCCGCCCCGGGGGGUCAUAGGUUUCUAAAUAUGUAUAUAGUAAAACAUAAAAAAAUCUUCUUCUCUGAAUUGGCAAAGGCUACAGGUAAGAUAUUUGGCAUGAAACAUUGUGUGGUAGACCUCUACCAAGAUUGUUCAAAUAGUGGCCCUCGGGUCAAAAUUGGCCCCGCCCUCGGGGGUCAUUGAUUUUCAUUAUAUACAUAUAGUGAAAACUUGAAAAAUCUUAUGGUCUGAAAGUAAAUGGCCUAGAGCUUUGAUAUUUUGUCUAUGGUAUCAUCUAUAGAUCCAAAACCAAAGUUGUUCAAAUUUUGUUCCUAGAAUUAAAAUCGGCCCCGCCCUGGGGGUCAUUGAUUUUCCCUAUAUGUAUAUAGUAAAAACUUAAAAAAAUCUUCUUUUAAAGAACCCAAAGAGCUAGAGCUAAGAUAUUAAGCAUAAAACAUCUUCUAAUGGGUGUCUACCAAGUUUGUUCAAAUAAAAGCCCUGGGGUCAAAAUUGGCCCCGCCCCAGGGGGUCAUUGAUUUUCCCUAUAUGCAUAUAGUAAAAACUUUCUUUGAAAGAACCCAAAGGGCUAGAGCUAAGAUAUUUAGCAUGAAACAUGUUCUAAUGAAUGUCUACCAUGUUCGUUCAAAUAAGAGCCCUGGGGUCAAAAUUGGCCCUUGGGGUCAUUCAUUAGCUCGACUUUUU